UGCCGUCAUCAUGGGGCAACAUAAGAAGAACAAUGUCAUGUCUUCUGCUUUCGACUUCUCUUUUCUCCACUCCUGCUAAUACAGUCUCUCUUCUCUCCCAUUCUCGCUUCCCAACCCCUUGCUCGGGAUUCCGUGGCCUACUUCCAAAAUUCUCCACUGCUCGAUUCUGUUCGAAGUCCGGUGGUGAAUCGAGAGGAAUGGCUGACAGGAUGGUCUCCUCCCUCGAGAACUUGCAGAAUCCGGACAACAUCUCUUACCUCUCGCAGAAAGAGGCUGCCGAGAUCGACGAGAUCCUCAUGGGCCCUCUCGGCUUCAGUGUUGAUCAGCUGAUGGAGCUGGCGGGCUUGAGCGUUGCAACCUCAAUAGCAGAGGUCUACAAAUCAAGUGAGUAUGGUCGAGUUCUUGCUAUUUGUGGUCCAGGAAAUAAUGGUGGUGAUGGUUUGGUAGCUGCUCGCCACCUACAUCAUUUUGGAUAUAAACCAUUUGUUUGUUAUCCAAAGCGUACACCCAAGACUCUCUAUACUGGUCUGGUUACUCAGCUGGAAUCACUGUCGAUACCAUUCUUGUCAGAAGAAGACUUGCCUCUGGACUUAUUAAAUGAUUUUGACAUCGUUGUAGAUGCAAUGUUCGGAUUCUCAUUCCAUGGUAAACCAAGGCCACCUUUCGAUGAUCUCAUACGGAGGCUGGUUUCCUUGCACCAUCAUGACCAGACACGUCAGAGGUCACCUGUAAUUGUUUCUGUUGAUAUCCCCUCGGGGUGGCAUGUAGAAGAAGGAGACAUAGAUGGAGAUGGGAUCAAACCUGACAUGUUGGUUUCAUUAACUGCUCCAAAGCUGUGUGCGAAGAAGUUUUGUGGCCCUCAUCACUUUCUAGGGGGUAGAUUUGUCCCACCUUCUAUUGCAGAAAAGUAUAAGAUUCAUCUUCCGCCGUUUCCUGGAACUUCCAUGUGUGUGCGGAUUGGAAAGCCACCACCAGUUGACAUUUCAGCAUUAAGAGAGAAUUAUAUUUCUCCAGAACUUGUUGAGGAUCAGGUGCAGGCUAACCCUAUUGAUCAGUUCCGCAAAUGGUUUGACGAUGCAGUGGCUGCUGGCUUGCGAGAACCAAAUGCCAUGGCGUUAUCUACUGCUGACAAGGAUGGAAAACCCUCUUCAAGGAUGGUUUUGCUAAAAGGAGUUGAUGAAGAUGGUUUUGUUUGGUAUACCAAUUACGGAAGUCGAAAGAGCCAUGAACUAUCUGAAAAUCCUUGUGCAUCACUUCUUUUCUACUGGGACGGCCUUAAUCGCCAGGUAAGAGUAGAAGGAACUGUACAAAAAGUUUCUGGUGAGGAAUCUGAGAAAUAUUUCCACAGUCGUCCCCGUGGAAGUCAGAUUGGGGCAAUAGUUAGCAAGCAGAGCACUAUAGUACCUGGUAGGCGUGUAAUCCACCAAGAGUACAAAGAGUUGGAAGCCAAAUUUUCUGAUGGUAGCAUGAUUCCUAAGCCCAGACACUGGGGAGGUUACCGGCUUAAACCAAGUGUAAUCGAAUUCUGGCAAGGACAACAGUCUCGCCUUCAUGAUCGGUUGGAAUAUUCUUUGAGAGUGGUUGAAGGAAAGCAAGUAUGGCACAUUGUUCGGUUGGCUCCAUGACUAGUAUUUUCAGCCUCUUCUUUAUAAAGUUCAUCUUCUUGAUCCUUUUAUUAUUUGGUUUACCUUCUGUAGCAUGGUUGUCUCCUUUAUAAGUGACUCUAUUUUAUAACCGGAAGAAAGUAUUGCAAAAAGUGAAAUAAUGUUAUGGAAUGGGGAGAAAUGCUGAGGUAAUUCGUCCAUAUCGAGCUACUUUAAGAAAAGAAAAUCCAGAUCGAGUCAGUGAUUCACAACA